AUGAUUGUAAAUCCAUUUGAUGUUGAUAUUCCAGAAGCCUGGAAAAAUGAAAUAAUUUAUUAGAAAUACAUAGCUUAUCAAGCUUUAAGAUAAACUACAAAAACUCUAAAUAAUAUUCAAAAUUAAAUGUUAAACCAAGACGAUUUUAUUUACAGAGAUAUAUUAUUCAAAGGUUAAUUACCAUCUGAAUAGUGUGAUACAUAUUUUGAUUAUAUGAAGCAACAUUAUAAAUCUAGAAAACAAUUAAAUAGCAGUGACUUUUUAAAAUAAAGAAGAGAAGAAUGUUAAAAUAAAAAAUUUAAUUUUUGGUAAAAAUGCACCAAAUUACCAAUCAAUACCAAAGACAAAUUAGAGACAAGAAAUAUAGUUAGAGAUAUUAAAUAUUAACAUUUAUUUGUUCCAUAAAUUUUAUUUCUAUCUGGUUCUAUUAUUAUUGCUUAUUUAUUAAAAAUGUAUAGAAACCCAAUAAAAUUUUAAUUAAUAACUAUUGGAUUUGGAUCAUCAUUAGGUUAUUUUCAUGGAGUUUAUAAUUGUAUAAUUUAAGUUAUAUAUAGAUAGCAAUCAAAUAUUUAAUGAUAUUCCUUAUUUACCAGACCCUGAAUUGGAGGUAGAACAUUAACAUAUUAUGAAUUAUUGUUUUUCUUUAGAUCAAGAGUAAAUAUUAAUUAAAUAUUAUUAGUUUAAUUGCAAGAUAUGUAUUUAGUCAUGAAAACCUACAUAAAUGA